AUAUGAAUGAAUUUCCAAGGUUUUUUUUAUUUCUAGAAACAUUUGUUUCUGCUCUGAAGCUUAAAUUUUAAAGCACGUUUAAUGAUUAGCUACCGGAACUUGUGGAUUCGUUUAGCUAAAAAUAUGUUAUUUAUAUUAUAGCUGAUUGUUACAAGUCAUAAAAUUCGUUCUGAUAGCUAAAGGCAGCCUCUAUAUACAUGGAUUUAAAUUAGCUUCAACUUGGCGGCGAACUAUGCACAAAGUUUAGUUGUUAUUAGGCACGACUGGCAGACGCUUGUCAACUUUGGAUCAUUAUGGAAAAGAGAAUACAAUUAUUUGUUGUAUUCCUUACAAUUGUCGAGAUAUCGACAGUGUGCUCACAACCAACAGAAAGCGAAUUUAAUUCAACAACUAAUGCACUUUCAGUGAUAUCAAAUUUGGAAUAUCAAUUAGCACAGUGUCGAGGAGAGAAUAAAACUCAAACCAUUUCAACCAUAUUACGUGGUAUCCAAAAACUUCAAACGCAUAGCGAAAAUAAUAACAAUAUCGAAAUCAAACUGAAACAAAAAGAUGAGAUAAUCGCAUGCCAAGAAGCUCAGUUAGCAGAUAAAUCAAAUCUUCUGGAUAUACAAGUAUAUAAAACCAGCAAAGCUAAGCAGGAUAUAUUCGAUUACAAAGAGAAAAUCAAAAGCUUGCAAUCAACCAUAAUAUCCCAGAAUACUAUUAUCAACAAAACUAAAGUCGAAAUAAUAGAAUGGAAGUCGAAAAAUAAAAAUAAAAACAGAGAUAUUCAGAAUGAAAAGAAGGAGACGGAAUUAACUCAAGGCGAGCUAAGUAACUGUGAAAAACGAUGUAUUAACAGGAGUAACCAGCUGAAUAAAUCACUGCAAAAAUGGAAGCAUUGUAUUAACUUAGAAGACACAUUUAAGAAAGAUCUUCAGACCAAGGAACUUGACUUAAAGGAAUGCCAGAAGCAGACAAUUUCUCUGCCCACCUCGUGUUUGAACAUUACGAGACAGGGUACUUAUGAGAUAGAACUAAACUAA